AGCCGUUUACAUAAACCCUUCCCACUUCCGCGCCCGCGACCCCGACUUCGUCGGAAGCAGAGGAGGAGGAAGUGGGUUUACGGCGCCGGCGACAUGGCGGAGGUGGAGGAAGUGGAGAAAACGAAGAACAUGGAAGAGGUGCUCAAACCCUUCUACAAAAGGGCUUCCGAAGCCGAGGAUCGCUUAGCGAAGUUAGAGUCAGCGCUUGCUGAGAAAGGCGAUGUGGACACUAGUAGCAAAGAAAUCUCUACCAUCAUAAAGGAAUUUGAAUCAAAGCUUGAAAUCGCACAGGCGGAGCUUGUAUCUGAAAGGGAGAAGGCUUCAAAGGAGAUUCAAAAGCUUACAGCAGAGAACAUGAAGCUUCAGUACCGUAUUAGCCAUCUCAUUCGUGCAUUAAAUGAGGCGGAUUCCAAGCUAGCGGCUUGAUGAAAAGAAGAUGACAGAUGAUCGAAACGAGUUAGUCGGUGCUUCUUAUGAAAGUGGAAAGGAGCUGUUUGAAGCAAACUGUUCUUCUUAGUCUUUGCUAUUGCCUUUCAUUGUUUGUGAGUUGUGACAUUGUGUGUUGGUAGUAUAUCUUGCUCUAUGAAAAGAAGUGUUAUUGCAUGCUCUUCUUUUCUACUGAUAUGAAUAUCUUAAUGCCAACCUUUGCUUCAGUAUAUUGUAAAACUUCACCUGAAAUAAAGUAUAAAGUACAUACAUUAUUUAGGAAUA